AUGUUCGUCGACACCGGCGUCAAAAUCGACAAAGAUUACUACCUGAAGACGAUUCUGGAGGAUGCUCUACUCCCCCUCAAAAUCGAUGUCGGUCAACAUCACAUCACCUAA